AUGCAGCUCACUGGCCAAUCUAAACCCCUUUAUGAGGUCGGCGAGCAAGUACAUUAUGAAUGUAAACCUGGAUACGAGCAGCACCCUUCUUUCGCCACUUCUACUACUUGUGGUGCGGAUGGCACAUGGUCCUCUCUUUCGAAUUAUGCUUGUUCUAAAAAAUCAUGUCCAGUUCACCCGAAUCCUAUUCAUGGCAAAGUAGUCGUUCCUAAUGGAAGCGUGGAGCUUGAUACAAAAGUUGAAUUUGUUUGUGAUGAGGGAUUUUACUUAGUUGGUACGAAAAUUCUACAAUGUCAGCUUCAAGGAUCGAAUAUGAGUUGGAGCGGGGAUCCCCCACGAUGCGAAAAGAUUUUGUGUAAAGCGCCUCCACAAAUAAAAAAUGGGAGAUACGCCCCAGCAGACAAGAAUGAAUAUGAAUUUUCUAAAGUAAUAUCUUAUAGUUGCGAUAACCGUUUUGAAGGAGACAAUCUUACACUUGUUGGAGCGAGCCUUCUUCGUUGUACUGAGAAUGGAAACUGGAGUAGUGACGCUCCUCAGUGUAAAGUGGUCAAAUGCUCACAACCAAACGUUCCAAAUGGGAGACAGAUAUCAGAAAUGGCAGAAGAAUAUGGCUACAAUGCAAUGGUUAAGUUUGAAUGUGUGAAGGGUUUUUCCCUUCAUGGAAGCCCCGUGGUUGUCUGUGGUGGUGAUAGUGCUUGGGAGCCCCCAGUUCCAUCAUGUUCUUUAAUCAUACCUGUUUUCAGUAAAGUUAGAUAUCCUACCAUGGCAAAACCUCGAAUUGCUUCAGGAAUACCUCGUCAAAAUGAAGGAUCACUUACUUGUAAGGCUUUGGAUGAAUGGAUCCUUGCUUUGACUUUUAUAACUCUGUUGGAGUUACAAUAA